CGGUUUUAAAUCCACCAUGCUUUUACCGUCAGCCCCAUUCUCUUCCGUUAUAACCACAGCAUAGGCUUUACAUAUCCCUCAUACGCUUUAAAUUGUACUGGUUCGCGAAAUAUAAAGCGAAACUCGAUUAUUUCUCAUCAAGAUAACGGUGUAAACCUAGCGGUACUUAACGGCGCGCGACUCGGAUGCGUGCUGCUCGCGCGCGCCCUCUCUCUGCUCGUGACGUCAGCGAGAUUGUGUGAGAGCCUCGAGCCCUGCGCGCUCUCUCUUCAUACUGACCCUCCAUUGUGAGCACGCUAGCGAUGCCAGCGCUCGCAGUCGCCGCCGCCGCCCAGUAGAGACCCCGAGGACCGAGCACCACGACCCCGCUACAAACACCGAGAGAGCGCGAAAGACACGGAGACAUUCUUAUGCCCCAACCCAACGUUGGCUAUUGCGGGAUUUAAUGCUUUAGCUAGUCGCCGACAGGGAGAGAGAGUGCGUGUGUGAGAGAGAGAGGGACAGGGACAGCCUUAGAGAGGGAUAAGGAAGAAAUAUCGGGGAAAAGGAUUGCUCGCUGUUUCUCACCCUAACCAUUUUGGAGAUAAAGAAGAGCCGAGGUUCAUUUAGCCAUGGGAUGUACACUGAGCGCAGAGGAGAGAGCGGCUCUGGACAGGAGCAAAGCCAUCGAGAAAAACCUCAAAGAGGAUGGAAUCACUGCUGCUAAAGAUGUGAAAUUGCUUCUGCUAGGGGCUGGGGAAUCUGGAAAAAGUACCAUCGUGAAACAGAUGAAGAUUAUCCAUGAGGAUGGUUUCUCUGGUGAUGAUGUGAAGCAGUACAAGCCCGUGGUCUACAGCAACACCAUUCAGUCUCUGGCUGCUAUCGUGCGUGCCAUGGACACACUGGGGCUGGAGUACGGAGACAAGGAGCGUAAAGCUGACGCCAAGAUGGUUUGUGAUGUUGUGAGUCGUAUGGAGGAUACUGAGCCCUACUCCCCAGAGCUGCUGUCCGCCAUGAUGCGCCUGUGGUCUGACUCAGGCAUUCAGGAGUGCUUCAGCCGUGCCCGCGAGUACCAGCUCAACGACUCCGCCCAAUAUUACUUAGACAGUUUAGAUCGCAUUGGUGCUCCAGAUUACCAGCCUACAGAGCAGGACAUUCUGCGAACUCGAGUGAAGACCACCGGGAUUGUAGAAACCCACUUCACCUUCAAGAACCUGCACUUCAGGCUGUUUGAUGUGGGAGGUCAGAGAUCAGAGAGGAAGAAGUGGAUCCACUGCUUUGAGGACGUGACCGCCAUUAUCUUCUGCGUGGCUUUGAGUGGAUACGAUCAGGUGCUCCAUGAAGACGAGACCACGAAUCGCAUGUUUGAGUCUUUGAAGCUGUUUGACAGCAUCUGCAACAACAAAUGGUUCACAAACACCUCCAUCAUUCUCUUUCUCAACAAGAAGGACAUAUUUGAGAAGAAAAUCUUAAAAUCUCCCCUAAGUAUCUGCUUUCCAGAGUACUCAGGUUCAGACAUUUUCGAGGAAGCGGUGGAAUACAUUCAGUCCCAGUUUGAGAGUAAAAACAAGUCAGUUGACAAGGAGAUCUACACGCACAUCACCUGUGCUACAGACACAGACAACAUUCAGUUUGUCUUUGAUGCUGUUACUGAUGUCAUCAUUGCAUGCAACCUGCGCUUUUGUGGACUUUACUAAUUCGCAGGAUAGGUGACUUCAGUGUCCUUGUGUUAACAAGUGUAUUGGUUUUCUUCACAUAUGUCAAGCCUUUAAAGGCUUUUUAAAGGUGAGAAAAGUUUAGAUAGUUCUCACAUAGCUGUUAUUUCAUUUAUAAGGGGGUGGAUGCUAAAUUUAAACCAAAGGUCUUUGCAUUUGAUUUUGGUACAUUGUUACAAAUGCAGGAAUGUGCUUUUAAUGUCCUCCUUGUGAUAUGUUUGGGUAAGGUCAAGAUAAAUUGUAUUUUGAGGAAUUUUAGGUGCCAAACUUUCACUAAUGCCUACUUUUUUCCUGUUGUAACUGAGAUUUGUAAAAUGUCAGACCUGACUUUUUAUUCCUAAUACACAUUGUGUAGAUAAAUUAUUUCAUUUUAUAUGUAUUGCAUUCUAAUGCAGUGUGUAGGUGGAUCUAUAAAUGUUCUGUACACUUACUGUAUAUAUGAGAUAUAUAUGAUUAUACAUGAAUGCAUUGUGGGAUAUAAAUUUUAAGAAUAUUCACUAGCUGGCUCAUAUUACAUGUGUUCAGGGUUGACAGCAAUCCUGAAGUGUUGAUGAAACACUAGGCUUGACAUUUACUUGGCAUUUAGAGGAGUGUAAAUGUCCAGUGCCCUGAGCCAAACCACAAAAAUGUUUGCCUCUUAGCAUCCCAAAAAGCAAGAAGACUUGAUACUUUUCAAAAUUGGAUUUGGGACAUAUUAACCCAUGCACACAGGAGAUACCAAAAACAAAAUCUUUCAUUUUUAAAAUUUCAGUCAAGGAGGGUAUCCUUGUGCACUGCAGUAUAUGUACUGUACAUUGCAUUGUAUGGUCCAAGUUGUGUUGUUUAUCAAUUGAUUUUAGGCAAUAAUUUAAAUCAGUUUUGGCGGCAAAAUAUAAUUUACAUCCUAAUAAAGGCCUUAUGUCUUUCUAUGAUUAAAAGAGACAUAUAGCAAGAACUGGACUGUACUAGAUAUCACUAGGGCUAAAGUGAUGAAAUCACUGAGCUGUUUAACACCACCUCAUCUGCUGUUUGUUUUAGCUAUAGUUCAGUCUGUUUUUAUAUACAGUAGCUUGCUGAUAGUGUCAACAGCUGUAGUCAAAAACACUUUGUUAGUCAUAUAGAGAAGCAAGACAGCAAAAGUAACAAGGUUGAUGAAUCAGUAGAGACCUACUUUAAAACAAAGCAGACCUUUUUUAUGCAUCUUACAGUAUGUCCUUGCUUUGAAUACGUCCUUUUUGUAUAAAAUUACAGAUACGGUCAUUCACAAUGAUAUUUGAGCUGUGGAUGAAAAUGCUUUAAAAGCAUUGUAGAAAACUGUCAUACACCGUAAAAAGCAAAAAGUUGGUUCAACUUAAAGAGGGACAUUUUUAGAUGUUAAAUACAUCUUUGGUGUCCCCAGUGUACAUAUGUGAAGUUUUAGCUCAUAAUACCAUAUAGAUCAUUUAUUAUAGCAUGUUAAAAUUGCCACUUUGUAGGUAUGAGCAAAAAUGCUGUUUUGGUUGUGUCCUUUUAAAUGCAAAUGAACUGAUCUCUGCACUAAAUGGCAGUGCCGUGGUUGGAUAGUGCAGAUUAAGGGGCGGUAUUAUCCCCUUCUGACGUCACAAGUGGAGCCAAAUUUCAAUUAUCUAUUUUUUCACAUGCUUGCAGAGAAUGGUUUACCAAAAUUAAGUUACUGGGUUAAUCUUUUGCACAUUUGCUAGGUUGAUAGAAACACUGGGGACCCAAUUAUAGCACUUAAACAUGGAAAAAGUCAGAUUUUCAUGAUAUCUGCCCUUUAAGUAAUUACUUCAAUUGGUAACACCUAAAAAAAUUAAGUUAAAAAUUAUUGAGAGUGAAAUUUAAAGGCGGGGUGCACGAUUUUUGAGAAACGCUUUGAAAAGGGAUUCGGGACGAGUACCAAAACACACUUGUAGCCAAUCAGCAGUAAGGGGCAUGUCUACUAACCGACAUUGUUGUGUAUGUGUGGGGCGGGUCUAUCAAAAGAAGGUCCAGAUUCUCUUUCAGAGAUCGUGCACCCCACCUUUAACUUGAAAAAAAAUAUUUUAGGUGUUACGAAUUUAGUUUAUUUUUUUAAUUGAUCCAACGUUACAGUAUGUUGUCUUUUGCUAGCAACUGUAAAUUUGUGAUAAUUAUGAAUAAAUGUAAGAAUUUGCUUCAGGGUGCCAAAAGACAAGGAUUAAUUUUCUUGAAAGCCAAAACUGUAUAAUUAAUGGUACAUAUUAGAAUGGUUUCCUAUUAAAACAUAGUGAUCUGUGCCAGUAAUGAGUUGUUAUUUGUACUAUUGAGGCCAGUUCAGUACUGAGUGCCAAUAAGAUGACUUAUUGGCGAUUUCCGUUUUUGAAGUAAUGUAAAUGCUUUCACUGUAGAGAGCAAGUGUCGAAUAAGGCGGCUUGCAUUCCAGAGGCCAUCAGGUACGGCAAUAGCAUUUUUUGUAAACUUUGGCCUUAAUCCCAAAUUGAUUGUCCAUUGAAUGUGAAUCGUACUGUAGCUUUACAGAAUGAUUCAAUGUUGUGCAGCUAUGUACAAAAACUGUGAGCUCAGAAAUAUGGGAAAAUAGGUCAGUGGCCAAUGCAAAAGAAACUUAACGGGAAUUGAAUCUGUCUGGUUAUAAAUGACAAUGGCAAGUUUAUUUACUGGGUUGUAGCUAAAGUAUACUGGAAAUAUCUGUUGGUCAUGUACUCACAUUCCUCUUAUCAAACUGACUUAUUUCAAGUGUAACAGGCUCAUUCAGUGCUAAUGUAGCGUGAAAAUAUUUCAUGUUUUAUUCAGAAUAUGCCCCAAAUUAAAUCUUUGAAUUUCAGUAAAAUAUCUAAACAUGUAUUAAAUUAAGAAAAUGUGUUGAAUUAAGUUUAGUCCUCCCCACUGACAAAUAAUAUUUUCAUGUUUAUUAAUAUGUAUUAAUAUUUAUUUAUAAAACAAGAAAAUGCUUUUACAUACAUACUUUUGCUUCUCAAUGUAAAAACAAGCAGAAAUUUGAAAAAAAAAAAUCUAAUCCCUGUGUCCAUCAGUACAAUAGUUUUUUGUUUUAGUUUGUUUAUUGUUUGUCACACUGCUGUAAUUACUGUUUGUAUCUUUCACCUCUGUGAUUAUUUAUUGAACAAUGGAUGUUUAUUUAUGUGACAUAAAUGAAUAAAGUGCUUAUGAAAUUCUGUGUGCGACACUCAAUUUUC